GCUUUUAACUGAGGACAUGAAUAUACUCAUAAUUAGGGUUUUCAGUGAUAUAAAACCUCUUAUUUUGCUCCUCCUUACGCUCUCCAAAUUCUCGCUUCAGCUCCCUUCCCCUUGUUAAAAACCCUAAAAAUCAACAGGGAAAGAGAAGAUGGCGACAGUUCCAGGACAGUUGAUUUGGGAGGUAGUAAAGAAGAACAAUUGUUUUUUGGUGAAGCAGUUUGGAAGAGGAACUGCUAGCCUUCAGUUCAGCAAAGAGCCCAACAAUCUCUACAAUCUCAAUUCCUACAAACACUCUGGGUUGGCAAACAAGAAAACAGUCACCAUUCAACGUGGGGGCAAAGACCAGUCUGUGCUGCUAGCAACCACCAAAACUAAGAAGCAGAAUAAGCCUUCGAGCUUGCUUCACAAAUCUGUCAUGAAAAAGGAGUUCCCCAGGAUGGCCAAAGCAGUCACAAACCAGGUGACAGACAACUACUACAGGCCAGAUUUAACGAAAGCAGCCCUUGCACGGUUGAGUGCUGUGCACAGGAGUCUGAAGGUUGCCAAGUCUGGUGUCAAGAAAAGGAACAGACAAGCCUUGAAGAUCCAUGGCAGGAAGUGAGCUAGACAGUUUUAAGUCGUAUUUUGCUGCGAUUUUGAUUGUUCUGGACACUUAUUUUCUACCUUUUCUGAAAUUGUCUUAUUUUCAUUCAUGGUUUUAGCUGGGUGGUGGAUUUUAUAUCUAGGUUCUGAAACAGAAGAUAUCAUUAUGGUCUUUACUCGUCUGUUUUCCGGAUUUUAAUGUGGUAAUUUUGAGCAUUUUGCCCUUUAAGUUCCAUUGGUGUUGAAAAAAACAUAGCAUUUACUCCUGCCAUUAAUAUGCAACGUUUGUGGUCUUUCAGAGUUCAGACGUUACAAAUGAAAGCCGAAUGUAUUGUGGGCUGUGGCAUCACUGAGACUGUACUAGUAUCUGUCUUAGGUCAGUUAUAAAAAUAAGUUCGCAUUUCCAAGGGCUUACCCAGAGGGAAAAAGUGGCUGGUUUUAUGUAUAAACAGAUUUUGGGCAAAAUAGUCAAUAAUAAUUGUCAAGUUCAAGUCUUUAAUUAUACCA